AGGAGUUGGCGUCGCCGGAGGCGGCGGUAGCGAGUACCAUGGUGCAGUGCCUGGACGGCGCGAAGCAGAUCCUCGCGGUCCUCUUCAGCUGCUUCGACCUCGAGCUCAAGCAGCCGCGCGGGCUCGACGACCCCCAGCUCCUCGCGCGCGAGACCGUCUUCAGCGUGAGCGAGGUCGAGGCGCUGUACGAGCUCUUCAAGAAGAUAAGCAGCGCGGUGAUCGACGACGGCUUGAUCAACAAGGAGGAGUUUCAGCUGGCGCUCUUCAAAACGAGCAAGAAGGAGAGCCUCUUCGCUGAUCGUGUGUUCGAUUUGUUCGACACAAAGCACAAUGGAAUUUUAGGGUUUGAGGAGUUUGCUCGUGCAUUGUCAGUGUUCCACCCAAAUGCUUCAGUUGAUGAGAAAAUUGACUUUUCAUUCAAGCUAUAUGAUCUUAAGCAACAAGGCUUCAUUGAGAGGCAAGAGGUUAAGCAGAUGGUUGUUGCUACACUUGCAGAGUCUGGAAUGAAUCUUUCUGAUGAAAUUAUAGAAAGCAUAAUUGAUAAGACGUUUGAGGAGGCCGACACGAAGCAUGAUGGAAAAAUUGACAGGGAAGAGUGGCACAAUCUGGUUCUUCGGCAUCCGUCUUUACUGAAGAACAUGACUCUCCAGUACCUCAAGGACAUCACCACGACAUUUCCAAGCUUCGUCUUCCAUUCUCAGGUCGAUGAUACUUGAAAUUCUUGCACUCCUUUCGGAAACAUCAGAAGAUAAGCUCAUGGUGAUUUUGUAAGGUUUUGGCAUUGGACUGUUUGGAUUGGCAGAGUGGUGCUCUGAAGGAUGUUCAAUUUGAGAAUGUGAUUCAUUGUUGUUAAAUAACCUUGCUUCUUUCAUUUGGAAAAGUUAGUACGGUGGGAGCCUUUGGGCGAGCUGUAAUCUAUAUCUGAAGCUCACAUUUUCUCCUCUCCCUUAUUUUUGCUUUGUGGCUGGUUAGCGAUCAGGUCCACUUCUCUGAGAAUUCUGCUGUGUGUACAGAAAUGGAAACGGCCCUAAUAUGGGUUUUAUUAA